AUGUGGUGCAGCAUCCCGAAAAUCCUCGUGGGAUUGUUGUUGAUGCGCACAUGGGUCGCCAAUGUUGACGCCUUCUCUUGGGGCGACGUCGAGAUGAAAGCAGAUACCCUCACGUCUCUGGAAGAACAUCUGGUAAACCCCUCGGUUACAGUUCACGACGCAUCACGCUUGCCGAAUAUCUACGCCGUCGCCAUGCAGGAGCUUCAACAACUUGAAUCCGAGCCUCUUUGUCAUCGAAUUGCUGCUCGACACUUAGUCAACAACUGUCAGCUACUCGAAGGCAAAGACGACGCUACGGUCCUUACUGACAGCGGUAGACAAAUCCGUGACUUUGUGGACUCCUACGCCGCAAGUCUUGCAAUCUGUGAUUUGGAAAGAGGCAGUUUUGUCAUCCCAUCGGGCUGUGCACCAUUCAGAGAAUAUUCCUUGGCUAAUUUGCCGGCCUCAAAGGUCGCUCGCCUUCACGUCUCAUCUCAGCAGAUCGAUUCGUGUCUUUCGGGGUUGGCCAAAUCUGACUCCGCAUGGAAUACCUGGGUUAGCUACCGACAUAAAGCUUUGAGGUUCUGCGAAGCUGCCCGCGCAGACAACGAUAAAGCACAGAGCAUUCGUCUUUAUCAACGCCUUACAGAAGUCCUGUCUAAACUCUCAGAGGGAGUCGAACAAGAGCUUGAAGCCCACCUCCACGCGAUCAACCUAAGAGCAGCCGAGACGACCGAGCAGCUCCGCCACAUGACCCCAGAAAUCUAUCAGUUGCGAAAUAGCUUACAAGAUUUAGACAGAUACAUAUCUCAGGACGUGAUGCAGGUGGCUCAGGCAUCAAACUCUGCGAUGCGAGGCGGCCUCGAAGAUGCCCGGAACCUGCAACAGCUACUGACUGUACUCAUCAAAACGGUCCUCAGCAGAAAUGCCGAGGUUGCAGCAUCGCAUGAGCUUGCACUGGCAGACUUCAAAGACCAAACGGGAAAUGAGAUAGCGGUUGUCAUGGCUGCGCUUGCAACAGCUGUAGCAUCGUCUAUGACUCUUCAUGAUCAGUUGGAACUAUCACAUCUCCGAGUGGUUGAAAUGGCUGGUCGGCAGGAUUACCUCGAGAAGGGGUUGCAAAAACUUUUAGACACCACCGACGAUAUCUCCUCAAAAUACGAGUCACACUCUGAAAGGCUGUCACACGCGGUUCGGAUUUCAGGAGACCUCCUGGAGACACUGGAUAAUAUGGCUACAUCGACAUCGGAAGUUCGCGGUUCUUUUGACCAUCGACCAGGUUGGACGAGUUGGAUCCCAUACGUGGCGUGCCCGGCCGCGUCUUUGCUUAUGGGCUCGUACGGUCUUCCACCAUCAGCAGCACGAAAUCUGGGACUCAUUGCUCUUGGCGAAUUUGCUGGCUUCAUCAUGUCUUACGCCAAAUAUCUCACUCCGAGCCUUCUCGAGGCUAACCGAUACACACCUCCACUGCCCGACGUUGUGAACACGACGUUCAUCCCCACGGCGGCACAAAAAGACAUUUUCAGAGACCUGCCGCUAAAUAUACGCAAGAUCCGGAUAUCAAAGACGACUUGA